AUGGUUGAUGAUUCUGGUGUUAAAACUGACAAUCCAAUGGGGAGUCAAAAUAAUGUUAUCUCAAUUGACGAACAGGAUUUUGCUGUUUUUGAUGCUUUGGACAAAGACUUACAAGCUAGCAAUGCUGGAGAAGCGAUGCGAAUGAUGAAUACAACUGGAGCUGCACAGCCAACACAUGACACUCCAAAUGAUCGAGAAUUGGAAAGGUUGCGGGAAUUUACUCAACAACUUCCUGAUAGACGAGAUUUUGAGAAAGCUUCGAAUCCUCCAAUUUUGCCACCUCAUCUUUUGCAAGUUAUUCUGAACAAAGACACUCCUGUACAAUGCGAUCCAAAUGUUCUGCCUGAACCAAAUCAUGUAAUGCUCAAUCAUCUUUACGCACUUUCCAUUAAGGAUGGCGUUAUGGUGUUGAGUGCAACUCAUCGACAUCGAAAGAAAUAUGUGACAACACUACUUUAUAAACCUAUUUAA